UAUCUGUGGUUUUAGUUUGAGGUCGCAUCGGAAAUCGGAAUCAACAGGGUAUGGAGUGGGCGGCGAGAAGAGAUCACCUCCGUGGAGUUCCUCGCAAAAUGAUUUUCAUGGCGGUGGGAGCAUUCGCCAAGGCUGUGGCCAAUCUGCUAAACACCACCACCGUUUACAACGCCGAAACCCUCCUCCGCCUUGUCCGGCACCGCCCCUCUGGCGUCCCCCUUAUCACUGUCAGCAAUCACAUGUCCACGUUGGAUGACCCAGUAUUGUGGGGAUUCAAGGGUUUUCCUAUAACGGAUGUUGAGUUAGGGAGAUGGGUACUUGCAGCUGAAGAUAUAUGCUUCAAAAACCCACUCUAUUCAUAUUGUUUUCGACUUGGGAAAUGUAUUCCUAUAAGAAGAGGUGGUGGAAUCUAUCAGGAGCACAUGAAUGAGGCACUUGAUCGCUUGGCUGAUGGAGCUUGGUUGCAUACAUUUCCAGAAGGAAAAGUGUAUCAAGAAGAUGCACCUAUACGAAGGUUGAAGUGGGGAACCGCCAGUCUCAUUGUUCGUGCCCCCGUCACUCCGAUAGUUUUGCCAAUAGUUCAUCAGGGUUUUGAACAGGUUAUGCCUGAGAAUUAUAUGUUUGGCAGAAGGCCACCUUUCCCUUUGUGCAACAAGGAUGUUCGGAUACAUGUAGGCGAGCCAAUUGUGUUUGAUGUCCCGAAACUGAAGCAAGAGGCGGUAGAAACGUCGAGGGAUUUAUCAUUCUCUCACUCUGGAUGGCCCAAGACCAUGUGUGGAUUGGAUGAGGCUGCACAGAGAUCACUUUAUACCAAUAUAUCGGACCAAAUUCGACAGGUCUUGGAGAGCUUGCGCACAUCAUCUCUCAAACUCAACUGAAUCACUCUUCACCAAAGAAUCUUCAUUUUCUAAACUUUUUUGUAUUGUUGUUAGAUAUCGUUCUCCUUAUUACACAUGAACAUCCAAAUCCAUUUUUGCUAUACUUGACUUUCUUCA